CAGAAACCAAUUGAUUUAUUGGGUUUUCGUCAUUGGUUAGUGAUAUUGGUGGUGAUCGGUGCCGUGUACGCGUUUGUUGUCUACGAGGACAGACGAAUGCCGGCAGUGGAGCCGACGGGACAAUUCGAGCGAUUCUCGGAGACAAGAGCACGCAGACUUCUGAAUGAGUUGGCUGAUUUGGGGCCGAGAGUGAGCGGGUCUCGGGAAUGUGAGGUGGGUAUUGUUGGAUGGAUUUGA